UAUGACAGAUAUGUUUUAAAAGAAUUUAUGGCAGUCAUUGCAUGAUAAUUAAUUAUGCUGAUUAAAAAGAAUUUAUUGAUAAAGAUAUUCUUGUUGCACUGAUAUAUGUUUAUACAUAUCAUUGAUAUAUAUUACAUAAAAUCCGUGUUGUCUCAGAAUUCUUCGGAGUCUGUGACGGAACAUCAUCAGAAUUAGAAUUGUAUAGUAUAUAUAACCUUAAGUAUCGAAACUUAAAAAUUUUUUAUAAUAAAAUGAAUAACUUAAUGUUUGAUCAAACACUUGAAGAUAUUUUGGAAAAAAAUCUUCCAGAAAAGGAGCUAGCUGAAGUAAAACGCCUUUUAUAUGGCCGCGAAUUACAAUCUUUAAAUCUUCCGCAAUGGAAUGGAAGUCAAGAUCUCGAUGUUCAAGGAUAUAUUAUGGGUGGUAGCGUCACAGAGCAAUUACGUCCUCCGCGUCUUGUUCGUGUCGGCUUAAUUCAACAUUCUAUAGUUUUACCAACUACAGAACCUUUGCAGAAACAAAGAAAUGCUUUGCAUCAAAAAAUUCAAAAAUAUGUCGAUUACGCCGCAACUUGUGGUGUUAAUAUACUCUGUCUUCAAGAAGCUUGGGCUAUGCCAUUUGUUUUCUGUACCAGAGAGAAAUACCCCUGGUGUGAAUUAGCUGAAGAUGCUGAAAAUGGACCAACCAUAAUACUCAUGUGUGAGCUUGCUCAACGACAUGGAAUGGUUAUUGUAUGCCCAAUUCUUGAGAGAGAUAAUAUGAAUAGUGAAACUUUAUGGAAUACUUCUGUUGUGAUUGGUAAUGAUGGAAAUGUGCUUGGAAAGAGUAGAAAAAAUCAUAUUCCUCGCGUAGGAGAUUUUAAUGAAUCUACUUACUACAUGGAAGGAAAUACAGGUCAUUCUGUCUUUGAUACAUGUUUUGGACGUAUAGCAAUUAAUAUUUGUUAUGGUCGACAUCAUCCCCAAAAUUGGAUGAUGUAUGGAUUGAAUGGUGCUGAGAUUGUCUUUAAUCCAUCAGCGACUACUAGCCAUACAUCUGAGCCACUGUGGUCCAUUGAAGCAAGAUGUGCAGCAAUAGCAAAUAGCUACUAUACCUGUGCUAUUAAUCGUGUUGGAACUGAAAUAUUUCCUAAUGAAUUCACAUCUGGUGAUGGAGCUCCUGCUCAUCAUGAUUUUGGACACUUUUAUGGAUCUAGUUACAUCACUGCUCCUGAUGGAGCUAGAACUCCUGGUUUAAGUCGAUGUAAAGAUGGUCUUCUUGUUUGUGAAUUAGAUUUGAAUUUGUGUCGUCAAAUGAAAGAUUUGUGGUGUCUGAGAAUGACUCAGAGACUGGAUUUAUAUGCUAAAGAAUUAAAUGAAUAUGUGGAGAAAAAUAUCAAACCACUGGAAAAAUUGAUCCAAUAAGCUAACAGCAGAAAUGCAUAUAUUUUUUUUAUAAACUUUUUCUUUUUGCUCUAUAUGUAUAAGUCGACAAAAAACUAUAAAAAAUAUAAAAAUAUAUUUAGAUAUAUAUAAGAAAUUUUAUAUAUACACAA